AGAAGAUGGACACGCUGCUCGCCAACAUGGGCGAGGCGCUUGCAAAUAUCAACAACCGUGAGAAAUCCAUGGGACAGGCCACCUCGGAUUUGACAGCCCCAAAAGAAGACGUGAGCCAGAAGUUGAACCGCCACGACGAACAGUUCAAACAAAUCAGGAUCCAAAUUGCAGCCAUGAGGUCGAUGCGAUCAAGCGACGAAUGCCUCGAGAUGACCGACCGCCACCUUUGUCUCGGCUUGAUCGAGGCGCAGCAGUCCGACAUAACAGCCAAGAUGGAGGAGUCCAUCGCCGACCUGACGAAGACGGCGGCUUCCUUCUCGCCGACGCUUUCGGUCACCUCGAACCGAAUUGUGGGAUGGGGACCUACCAGACGCCUGACCAAUUGAAGAGCUCAGGCGCUGAUCGUCGUAAGCUGUGGGUUCGCGGCUUCCCGGUGGAGCUCAUGGCGUCCGCCUUCGACAAGCACUUUGAGCGCGCGAAGAGCCUGUGUCCCCCGCAGAUCGACUUUGUUGCCAAUCCAGUUUGAGGACCCCGAGGACGCCAAGUACGCUCUCCUUUUUCAUUCCCGUGCGAGGAAGUUCGAGCGGGGAGAUGGCAGCGGCCCCCAGCACAGGCUGAAUGUCGGGACCGACGAGCCCAUCGGCGCGCGCAAUAAAAGGAUGGCUUCUCGGCCAGAUCUGGGAGCACGCGCGUCACAUCAUGACCGAAGCCACGACAUGGUCGGCGCAGACUCAGCUGCGAUGCAACAAGUGUUCGGGCCUCUGCCCCAUCAUCAACGGUGACCUAGUCGACGAGCUGGUGGAGCUUAAGCCUGCGGCCCCUAGGGGGGGGUCCAAGCUGCGUGCCUUGAAAGGUCAGCUGACCUGUUCGAACAGGGGUAAGCUAGGAGAAGGGAGUGGAAGACGAGACGACAGCAGGAGUAGGACUAGCCUUGUUGGGUUGCCUGC